AUGACAUUAAACCAAAUAAUUUUAUCAUUGAUUUUGGGUUUGAGUUUAAUGACUACAAUCAUUAAAUCAGUUCCAAUGGACCCAACAAUUUAUAUUGAAGGUACAAUUUUUGAUCAAUGGCCAGAAUAUAAUUAUAAUUUUGAAAAAACCAACCCAGGAAGUAAUGUUAAAACCCUUGGAAUGGUAAAAGCAAAAUUGAACUCAACAACAAAAGUUCCAGAACUUUCUUCAGAUGAUACUAAAACUUCACCAAAUACAUUAGGUACUAUGCAAUAUCCAGAGUUAUUUAAAUAUCACUUUACAUCAAAUGUUGAUGCACCAGCAUCCAAAAACUCUGGUAAAAAUUUACCAAUGAAAAUACAAUUCAAAUUAGAUCAAGACAAUAGUGGUUUUUAUACUUUUUUCAAUCAAACUUUUUUCCCAAUUGAUAACAUGGGCUACGAUGUAGAUCCAUCAUUUAGAAUUUAUAAACAAAGUGGUAACUAUCAUAAUUUCCAUUUUUGUGUAAAGAUGAAUAGUCGUUUUACUUAUAAUGGAGGUGAAGUUUUUAAUUUUAAAGGUGAUGAUGAUUUAUGGGUAUAUAUUGAUGAUAAAUUAGUAGUUGACGUAGGUGGUAUUCAUCCAGCACAAGAUGGAUCUGUUAAUCUUGAUACAUUAGGUUUAAUUAAAAAUAAAGUUUACCCAUUAGAUUUAUUCUAUUGUGAAAGACAUACUGAUGGUUCAACUAUUAGUAUUCAAACUACUAUUCAAGCUUAUUGUGCCUGGUAUGAUUAUUGUGGUGUAUGUGGUGGUACAGGUGCAGUUUGUUGUAAUGCUAAAGCUAAUUGUGAUGAUGGUGAUUUAUGUACAAUUGAUAGUUGCCCACAACCAAAUUUAGCAUUCCCAGAUCUUCAAUCAGUUUAUAAGAAUUGUUCUCAUAUUCCAAAAGAUUGUCCACCAGCAAAUAAAUGUCAAGUAAAUUCAUGUGAUAAAACUACAGGAAAUUGUAAACCAGAAAAUUUAAAGUGCCCAGACAGAUCAAAUGAGUGUCUUAAAAAUACAGGUUGUGAUGAUUUAACCGGUUGUAAAUAUGUUAGUAUAUGCACAGAUUCAUGCGAUAAAAAAGGUAAUGCUUGUGUUGCAGGUAAAUGUCAACAAAAAACAACUAGCGAUUGUGCUGCUGAGUUAGAUGAUAAUUCAUGUAAAGUAUAUUCUUGUAAUUCAACUCGUGGUGGUUGUUACUCUGAAAACAAAUGUAAACCAGAUCCAACUCAAAUUUGUGAUGUUGCAAGUUGUGAUGAUGGUGCUUGUAGUAUCAAAACUUUACCACCUGAUGAAUGUAAUUGUGGUUGUAAACCAAACUUUUGCCAAAAGAGUAAUUGUGUUAAAAACCCAUCAAAUAAUCAAUUCGAAUGUUCUCUUUUACCAGCAGAUGGUAUUGAUGAUGGUAAUGCUUGCACUGAAGAUAUUUGUGAUGCAGUGGCCCAAAAAAUAACUCAUGUACCAUAUGAUACUUGUAAAGGCUGUAUGUCAUGUAAUCCAUCAAAUGGUGAUUGUGAAGCUCAUAACGAGGUUUGUAAUGAUUUUAAUGCAUGUACUGAAAAUGUCUGUUCUCCAGUUAAAGUUGGUGCAGGUGUUGGUGAAUGUGUAACUACCAAUACAACAUGUGCACCAACCACAAACGUUGAUAAAUGUAAAAACUACCUUUGCGAUUCUGAAAAAGGUUGUUAUGAAACCGAUGUAGUUUGUCCAGAUAGUGGAAAUUGUAAAGUUGGUCAUUGUGAUUCCAAGGUAGGUUGCUCUUUGAAGCCACGUGUCUGUAAAUCACCAGCUUUUUGCAUCGUAGCAGAAUGUGAUGAAACUGUUGGUUGCAUUGCAUUUGAGAGACGUUGUGCAUCAAGUAAUCCAAAAUGUAAAGCAGGUAUUUGUGUAAAUGGUACAACACCAGAAGAAGGUGAAUGUGAAUCUGUAAAUUAUGAUCCAAAACCAUUUAUUUGUCAAACUGGUGCUAUAGUUUCUACUGCUGUAAUUGCUGGUGUAACUGUUGCUGGUGCUGUUGCUCUUGGUAUUUUCAUUUAUGGUGGUAAACGUGGUUAUGAUUAUUGGAAAGAAAGUAGAAGCAUUUCUAUGAGUUCUGCUGUUUCAAGUCCAAUGUAUGUUCCUUCUGCAAAUGCUUCUGAAAAUCCACUUUAUAUUCCAGAAGGAGAAUUAUAA